GGCUUCCGCCAGCCGGGUUCUCUGCCCCAAGCAAGGACGCUCCUGCCCCGUACGAGCAGGAGGCAGCGCUCAGAUGCAGAAAGUGAAGCUCAGACACAUUGAAGAUUGUGUGACAUAGGGUAGGCAAGUGACAGUACAAGAAAGUGACAUAUUGCCUGAGGUCACCCGGAGGACCCAGAGCUGGAUCCUGGGGCUUCUCAUCAGAGAGGUGAGCCCCGUUGUCCCAGAGACCUCCUGGCCACCUGAAAGCCCAAGAUGGCCUCCAGCUCAGCCCCUGAUGAAAACGAGUUUCAAUUUGGUUGCCCCCCUGCUCCCAGCCAGGACCCAUCGGAGCCCAGAGCUCUCUGCUGCACAGCCUGUCUCUCUGAGAACCUGAGAGACGAUGAGGAACAGAUCUGUCCUAAAUGCAGAGGAGACGGCCUCCAACCUGUGAGCCCAGGAAACCUUCUGACUCAGGAGAAGGUUCUCCCUGAUGUGGCUGAGGCUGGAAUCGUGUGUCCCUUUGCAGGUGUUGGCUGUUCCUUCAAGGGGAGCCCACAAUCCGUGCAGGAGCAUGAGGCCACCUCGCAGUCCUCACACCUGUACCUGCUUCUGGGGGUCCUAAAGGAGUGGAAAUCCUCACCAGGUCCCAACCUGGGCUCUGCACCCAUGGCACUGGAGCAGAACCUGUCAGAGCUGCAGCUUCAGGAAGCUGUGGAAGUGACAGGGGACCUGGAGGUAGACUGCUACCGGGCACCUUGCUGUGAGAGCCAGGAAGAACUGGCUUUGCAGCACCUCCUGAAGGAGAAGCUGCUGGCUCAGCUGGAGGAGAAGCUGCGUGUGUUCGCGAACAUCGUUGCUGUCCUCAACAAGGAAGUGGAGGCUUCCCACCUGGCGCUGGCCGCCUCCAUCCACCAGAGUCAGUUGGACCGAGAGCACGUCCUGAACUUGGAGCAGAGGGUGGUGGAGUUACAGCAGACCCUGGCUCAAAAAGACCAGGUCCUGGGCAAACUUGAGCACAGUCUGCGACUCAUGGAGGAGGCGUCCUUUGAUGGUACUUUCCUGUGGAAGAUCACCAAUGUCACCAAGCGGUGCCACGAAUCAGUGUGUGGCAGGACUGUCAGCCUCUUCUCUCCAGCUUUCUACACUGCCAAGUACGGUUACAAGUUGUGCCUGCGCCUGUACCUGAAUGGGGAUGGCUCAGGCAAGAAGACCCACCUGUCCCUGUUCAUUGUCAUCAUGAGGGGAGAAUAUGACGCUCUGCUGCCCUGGCCUUUCCGGAACAAGGUCACCUUUAUGCUACUUGACCAGAACAACCGUGAGCACGCCAUUGAUGCCUUCCGGCCUGACCUGAGCUCAGCCUCCUUCCAGCGGCCGCAGAGUGAGACCAACGUGGCCAGCGGCUGCCCGCUCUUCUUCCCCCUCAGCAAGCUGCAGUCACCCAAGCACGCCUACGUAAAAGAUGAUACAAUGUUCCUCAAAUGCAUUGUGGACACCAGUGCUUAGAGAUUGGCGGGAGUGUCUCCUGAAGGGAACCAGCUUAGGCUGGGGGACUUAGCUAGACAGGCAGGCCCUGCCCUUGGAGCCCACAGUCCAGGACAAGGAUGGGCCGAGGUUGGCAUGACUUGAGUGCCAUAACAUGUUGGUUGUGGCUAAUGUGAGACUGGAGGAACUUGAGCUGUGGGUACAGAGACAGUGGAGGAGAAGACAGAAGGGCUCUCUUCACACAGACCACAACACCAGGAGGCCAGCACGCCAGCAAGUCCUGAAUGUUGAGACCAGUUUAGGUCAAGACGACAAGAACCUGGCCUGAGGCAUGGACAUUGAGCCAAGGUUGUGGAGCCUAAGUGGAGGGGCACUCCUACUCGGACAUUCUCUGGAGGUCAGGGUAUAACUGGGAAAAAUGCCCCAUCUCUCUGUUCAGACUGAAAACUAGGACCACAGGGCAGAAGGGACAGACAUGAAUGUGAAUUUAACCUGUGCUGGGUUGAGUACCUACAUUGACAGACAUGUAAACAGGUCAACCCAGAAGCUGUCCUGGGAAAUGCUCGCCGGCUGGAUUUGAAGACCUUUGAUGCUUUUACAGAUAAAACAAACAACAGCAAAA